ACAGGACUUAUGGAAGGCUGGUCUCCCAUGGGACGCUGAACUUCCUCCAGAACUACUCAAUUCAUGGGUCUUAUUCCGCAACAGUUUGCAAGAUAUUAAACGACUUCGUUUUCCUCGUUGGCUAGGUAUACGAGUGGGCUCUUUGGUGCAUUUACACGGCUUUUGCGAUGCUAGUCGUAAAGCGUAUGCAGCAGUCUAUAUGUUCAAACGAUUGAAAAAGGUGGUACAUCCCGCACAGCUCUUAUUUCAGCAAAGACGAAGAUAGCACCAAUUAAGGAUGUGACGAUGCCACGCCUCGAACUGUGUGGUGCUCAUCUUCUAUCCAAGGCGAUGGACAACGUACGUCAAGCCUUAGGCCUACAGGACGCCCCAUGUACAUAUUAGUGUGAUUCCACUAUUGUUUUAUGCUGGAUACGCAAACCACCAUCCACGUUCAAACAAUAUGUAUCCAAUCGGGUAGCUUACAUCCAAGCCAAUUCAGACAUUAACGCUUGGAAGCACAUUCGCUCGGAAUCAAAUCCAGCCGACUGUGCAAGCAGAGGCCUAUCUCCCGCCGUCUUAGCAGAUAAUCAACUUUGGUGGACCGGACCGACGUGCAUUCACCAAGGCGUGGGGGAAAUGCGCUUACCUUCUUUGACGGAGGAGGAGGAGGAGCACCUCUCCAUUGCUGAAUCUCGUGUGGCAUCCAUCUUCGUUUCUAGAGCUAAUUACCAGUGGAUUAUGACAUCCACGAAAGACAACAGGAUACCCCUCAUAGAGAAAUUUUGCAAAUUGAGUCGUUUACUUAACACCACUGUUUGGUUAAGGCGAUGGUUACCGAAAUACCGCGGUUAAAGGAACGGUAUAGUUCCUGUCGCAGAUCAGCACUGGGAUUUACUUCUGCAUAUUCGACCAGCACAAGGUCGCAUUGAAAUCUUAGCACUCAAUCCUUUCUUGGACGCAGACGGCAUACUGAGAGUAGGUGGUCGACUCGCAAACUCCGACUUAAGUGAAGAUCAGCGACAUCAAACUAUAAUUCCGCGUGGGGCCAUGGCUUAUUUACUAGUCGCUGAUGCUCAUACACGUUGCUUACAUGGUGGUAUACAACAAAUGCUUCAGUUUCUUAGACAACGCUUCUGGCUUAUAGGCGCACGGGCGCAAGUAAAGUCUUUCAUCUGGCUUGCACUACAUGUCGUAGGCAUCUUCAAAUUAUACAACGUCAACAAAUGGCUUCGCUCCCGAAAGACCGUGUACUAGUGGCCCCACCAUUCUCUCGUAGUGGCUUGGAUUACUGCGGGCCAUUCCAUGUACGUGUGGGAACACAUCGCGCCACCCCGACUACAAAAACCUAUGCUGCCAUAUUUAUUUGUAUGACGUCACGAUCGGUUCACAUUGAACUGGCAGAGGACUUGAGUACACAGGUAUUUAUAGAUGUUUACGAUCGUUUUAUUAGUCGACGGGGUAUCUGUACCAUCUUAUAAAGUGAUAAUGGAACACAAUUUGUAGGGGCUAAUCGUCAAGUGCAGGAAGACUUAAAGGCUUGGGUAACAGCACAUGCUCAACAACAUCUGGCAGCUGAAGGUACAUGUUGGAAGUCCAUAACACCUUCCGCACCUCAUCACGGUGGUCUAUGGGAGGCAGCAGUUCGUUCAGCUAAAAAGUAUCUGCUGAGGAUAAUGGGCAGCCAGACGUUGCGUUACACUGAAUUGUCUACUCUCCUGACUCGCAUCGAGGCGUGUUUAAGUUCGAGACCACUGAUAGCUCUCUACGAUGAUCCUGAAGGAGGGAUAGCUCUAACACCGGGUGACUUCCUGAUCGAACAACCACUCAAUUGUCGUCCAGAUCCUCCAUUGCCUGAAGCUCCAGAAAACUGUCUUCGAUAUUGGCAACGCCUCCAGAAAAUGUUGGAGCAUUUUUGGCGCCCCUGGCAAUCCGAAUAUCUAAACACUCUUCAGAACCGGACCAAAUGGACUAGAUCGGAACCCAAUGUUCAGCGUGGAGAUGUAGUUCUUAUACGUGGUGAAAAUUUGCCACCAUCGGUUUGGGGUAUGGGACGAGUGAUUGACGUUCACCCGGGCAGUGAUGGGUUGGUGCGUACCGUGACGAUAGAGUACAAUACCAACCAGUGAAUGUAAAUGUAAUUUUACCAUAUUUCAACUAUAGACAUACCUAUAUGUAUGUAGAUAUGUAUCAUAUGGCGUGAUGCUACAAUCCGUUAACCAAAUAUGUAUUUAAUGAGAAACUCAAUAAAGAAGCGGCCUAUUUCGUGACAGACUGGUGUAGCAAUCAUACGAGCUUUUCAAUUAGCGGAAUUUUAGGACAACUCUUAUACAAGAGGUAUUUUAAGGUAGGAAAGUAACAACAGAUCCAGAUCAAUAUGAAAAGGCUCGACAAGAUAACAUCGUCAGGCUAAGGACAAAAAGAGACGCAGA